UGUGAUUUAUUUCCCACAGGAAAAAGGCGGAUUAUGGCGGAAAACCCCAGAGUGGAGUUUGUUUUCCCGGAAGGGGAUGGGACGCUGCCCCGCUGAGAGGAGCAGGAGAUGAGCUCGAGACUUGAUGCGGUCGCGCUGAAAGAGUGUGACAGGAAUCAGCUGAGCUAACGGCUAACACACCCACUGCCGCUGCUCCUGAGGGAACUGCAGCCGCCGGACUCUCACUCGGAGUCUCCUGAAUAAAAAGCAGAAGAAUGGCGAAGAUCUGCACCGAGCGCUCGUACCCGUCUCAUCAACGGCUCUCGGUCCAGGCCUCGAAUGAUGAACUGGACCAAAUUGAUAAUGGCACCAGCAGGACACACUCGAUAUGCGACGAUACGGUCUCUGAUAUGAACAGGGUGAUGUCCAGUCAGCUCCAGGAGUCUCGCAGGAGCUCAUUCACAGGGACGGGGGCCAUGGCCAGGCUGUCCCACUUCCUGUUUAUGCUGAGGAACUGGGCGUCCCACAGGCUGCAGCCUGCGGUUGAAAGGCCCGACUCCUUCCUGGAGCGAUUCCGGGGUCCUGAACUCAACCUCUCCAGCUACAGCAGCAAUCCCCGCUCCUCAUUAGGCCACACCGAGCAGCCUGACAAGAGGAAUCACUGGCCACUCGCACUUUACAAUAUGAACAACUGCAACAACACAGACGACAAAAAAGAGGAAACAAAGAAAGAUGAGAAAAAAGUGGAAGAGAAAAAAGAUGGGAACAAGAAAGAAGAGAAAAAGGAUGAAAAGAAGGAUGAAAAGAAGGAUAAGAAAGAUGAUAAAAAGACAGAAGAGCCUCAGAAAAACUUGUGGGUCAUGGAUCCAGCCACAGACGUAUACUAUCGAUGGCUGACGGUAAUAGCAGGGCCAGUGUUUUACAACCUGAUGAUGCUCAUAACAAGAUCAUGUUUUAAUGAGCUUCAGAACUCAUACAUGACUCUGUGGAUGGUCCUGGACUUCUCAUCAGAUAUUAUCUACUACAUAGACACAUUUGUGAGAUCUAGAACAGGUUUCCUAGAGCAAGGACUUCUGGUGAAAGACACCAAGAAGUUGAUGGUGAAUUACAGAAAAAAGGCACAGUUUAAAUACGACAUCAUCUCCAUGCUCCCGACAGAUAUUUUCAUGAUCAAGGUGGGAUACAACAACCCCGAACUACGCUUCAACCGCCUCUUCAAAAUGGCGCGUCUCUUCGAGUUCUUCGAUCGAACUGAGACCAGAACCAACUAUCCCAACAUCUUCCGUAUCAGCAACCUCGUACUUUACAUCCUCAUCAUCAUCCACUGGAACGCCUGCAUCUUUUUUGCCAUUUCCAAAACCAUUGGCUUCGGGACAGAUACGUGGGUGUAUCCGAACAUCAGCCAUCCAGAAUACGGCCGCCUUGCGAGGAAAUACAUCUACUGCCUGUACUGGUCCACGCUUACGCUCACCACCAUUGGAGAAACUCCUCCUCCUGUCAGGGAUGUCGAGUACCUGUUUGUGGUCACCGACUUCCUCAUCGGCGUACUGAUCUUUGCUACGAUCGUCGGUAACGUGGGCGCGAUGAUCUCCAACAUGAACGCGUCACGCGCCGACUUUCAAGCCAAGAUCGACUCCAUAAAGCAGUACAUGCAAUUCCGAAAGGUCAGCAAAGAUCUUGAGGCGAGAGUCAUCAAGUGGUUCGAUUACCUCUGGACGGAGAAGAAAACCUGCGAUGAGAAGGAAGUGCUGAAGAACCUUCCAGACAAACUUAAAGCAGAGAUCGCCAUUAACGUCCAUCUGGACACACUGAAGAAGGUGCGGAUCUUCCAAGAUUGUGAAGCCGGACUGCUUAUUGAACUGGUCCUAAAACUUGAGCCUCAAGUCUUCAGCCCUGGAGAUUACAUCUGCAAGAAGGGCGACAUCGGACGAGAGAUGUACAUCAUCAAAGAAGGGAAGCUCGCCGUGGUGGCAGACGACGGCGUCACGCAGUUUGUUGUGCUCAGUGAUGGCGCGUACUUCGGAGAAAUCAGCAUCCUCGGGAUCAAAGGCAGCAAAGCUGGGAACAGGAGAACCGCUAACAUCCGCAGUGUAGGCUACUCUGACCUCUUCGCCCUCUCCAAAGAUGACCUCAUGGAGGCGCUGACAGAGUACCCCGAAGCCAAGAAGGCGCUGGAGGAGAAGGGUAAGGCUAUCCUGAGAAAGGAUAACCUCCUGGACGAGGCAGCUGCCAGCGCCGGGGCUGACCCUAAAGAUCUGGAAGAGAAGAUAUCACAACUGGAGACCAACCUUGACAUAAUGACCACCAAGUUCGCCAGACUGGUAGCAGAAUACACGUCCUACCAGAGCAGGAUCAAACAGAGGCUCACCAACAUGGAGAACAAAGUGAAAACGCUGAGGGUGGAAGAUCUCUCCGAGGUGGUUGCUGACAAAAAGGAGGAGAAGAAAACAAAAUAGGCGACACAUUUCUGGAACAUGGGCAGUUUAUUCAAAAUUUUGGUUAUAUAUAUAACUUUGUAUAUAAGAAGUUGUUUUAUUUAUAUGUACAGACUGUAGAUAUUUAAAAGGUAAACUACAGUAUGUUCUCAAAAUUGUACAGCACUAUAGUGCAUAUUUGUCCAUUAAUUUGUCCAAAGUUUGAAUGUUGUACGACUUUUCCUAAGAGAUCUCGUCAUAGUUUUGUUUAAAGUCGUACUCCAGUGUUUUUCAGCCUCCGCUGCAUCUCUUUACCCAGUUACUCCAAAUUCACGCCAGGUGAAUACCCUUACCUCUGACUGUUACAGAGCACUAAGACUGGAGACUCCUUCCAGAAAUGAAAUCCAGCCGCACUGUGGUGUAAAUAUGAUUCUUAACACGUAGCCUUGAUAUUAUUAAAUAAUAAUAAUCGAAUGUAAUGGAACACCGUUGUGAAGAAAUAAAUUGAGAUUUAAAUUA